AUGCACCAACCACCACCCAACUCAGCCACAGCCCCCAACGCGCCGCCGCAAAUCAGCGUGAAUGGAACCCAACUGCAGGUGGUGGAGAACUUCCCGUACCUGGGCAGUACUCUCUCCCACAACACCAAGAUCGACGACGAAGUCGUUAACAGGAUCUCGAAAGCCAGUCAAGCCUUCGGUCGCCUCCAAAACACAGUUUGGAAUCGCCACGGUCUUCAGUUGAGCGCCAAGCUGAAGAUGUACAAGGCCGUCAUCCUGCCGACACUAGUGUAUGGAUCGGAGAUUUGGACGGUGUACGCAAAGCAAUCACGUCGUCUUAAUUACUUUCACCUCAGUUGUCUUCGUCGCAUCCUGAGGCUAAAGUGGCAGGAUUGA